AUGAGUGAUACAGCAAAUAAUAUCGAACAGAGUAGUUCAAACUCUCUUGGAGAGUUUCACGGGUCUAUUCUUGUGGAUCCUAAAAAACUGAACACUUUCCAACCUAAUUGCGUUGUGUACAUCAAAGGAGAGAAGUACAGACUCUGAAAGGUGAACCAGCAGAGAUCAAAAAUUUUAAUCUUCAAACAGAAAAUCAAAGAGAGACUCAAAGGGUUGAAGAAGCAAGCCCAGACUGAGUUUCAGCAUCUCCAGAUCAAAGGUUCCAAUCAAAAUAUAAUCUCAAUGAAAGUACCUAUUCUUGGAAGAGAUUCGGACAUAAAGAAGAUAGCCAACCAGCCUGCGAUGCUAAUAUCAACAAAAUGCAAUGAAGUAAGCAAUAAAAGAAGCAAAAGGAUCAGGAGCAUUCUUAAUGGAAUGAGGAGUAUAUCUCCUAAGCGUAUUCCUGCUCCACUGAAGCUAUUGUCAGGACCCAUCAAUGCUUGUCAAGAGAGAGUCAGAAUGAAAUCUCCAGCAAGUAGGAGAACAAAGUAUAUACUUAAUGAGCAAACUGAAACUUAUGCUAUCCCGCAAAUUGCUCAGAAAGACGUAUUCAGAAUUAAAGACAAGGAAUCGAAAACACAAGGACAUCUCCAAGAUCCAAGAACACUUCAACGGACUUACAAGACAGAAGAGAAUUCGACAGAGAGCCAAUUAUCACCCUUUAAUACAACUAGGAAGCUUAGAGCUGUAAGCGGGUUGCCAAGCACUUUCAGCAAGAAAUUCCAAAGCAUCAAAGGGGUUCAAAAAGCAAAGUUAAAUAUCUUCAACAGUGAAACCUUGUCUCCUAGGAUAGGUAAAAGAAGCCAGAGGCCAAAGCAAGACCUGUCUUCGAUCCUAUCACACAAAGAAAUCAUAGUAAUGAGGGCAAAGAUCAUGAACGAUUUCACAUCUUUGCUUUAAUAAUUGUUGUCUAACUUUGCAAGCU